UCGGAAUUGGGUAUAUUAUGAAGUGUUUCUUUUUCUAUAUUUGGUUCGCUUCAACGAUCCAUUCCGUAUUUUCCGCAAAUUACAUCCCAUCUGAUAAAAUCUUCCUAAACUGCGGCGGUCCGCAAGAGUCCACCGACGCCGAUGGCCAGAAAUGGACAUCGGACGUCGGCUCCAAGUUCGCCUCCGGCGCAAACUCCACCACUUCCCCUGCCGCCACUCAAGACCCUUCAGUCCCUGAAACCCCUUUCAUGACUGCCAGGGUCUUUCAUUCUGAUUACACCUACAAGUUCCCGGUCGCCUCCGGCCGGAUUUUUGUUCGUCUUUCCUUUUAUCCGGCUUCCUACGCCGGGCUCAAUGCCUCCGGUGCCGUGUUUUCGGUAAUGGUUGAGUCUUAUACUGUUUUGAAAAAUUUCAGUGUUGUUCAGACCACUGAGGCUCUGGAUUAUGCUUUUGUUACAAAGGAGUUUGUGGUCAAUGUUGAAGGGGAGUCUUUAGAUGUCACGUUUAAGCCCUCUAGUAGUGUUCCGAAUGCUUAUGCAUUUGUGAAUGGGAUUGAGGUUGUGUCCAUGCCGGAUAUAUAUAGCUCUACUGAUGGUACCACAAUGAUUGUGGGGCAAUCAAGUCCUUUCUAUAUUGAUAAUAGUACAGCGCUGGAGAAUGUGUAUCGAUUGAAUGUGGGUGGAAAUGAUAUAUCGCCCAGUAAGGAUACUGGUCUGCUUAGGUCUUGGUAUGAUGACACUGCCUAUCUGUUUGGGGCAGCAUUUGGUGUUCCGGAAUUUGCUGAUGGCAACAUGUCGAUUGCUUACCCCAAGGACAUGCCUACUUAUGUUGCUCCAGAGGAUGUGUAUAAGACAGCCAGGUCUAUGGGGCCGAAUAACAACAUCAACCUCAACUACAAUUUGACUUGGGUGUUCUCAAUUGAUUCUGGAUUCAUGUACCUUGUGAGGCUGCAUUUCUGUGAGGUUGCUGCAAACAUAACCAAGUUGAACCAGAGAGUGUUUGAUAUCUAUCUCAAUAAUCAAACUGCCGAGUCGGGGUUUGAUGUUGCUGGAAUCACACAAGGGAAUGGAAUUCCGCUGUACAAGGAUUAUGUGGUAAUGGUUCCAAAUGGGAGCCCCCAGGAGGAUCUUUGGCUCGCACUGCAUCCAAAUCCUAGUACUAAGCCACAGUGGUACGAUGCCAUCCUUAAUGGAGUCGAGAUCUUCAAGAUCAAUGAUACUACUGGCAAUCUUGGAGGGCCUAAUCCUAUUCCCCGUCCCAAGCAGUUGAACAUUGAUCCAUCUAAGGCUAGAUCUGGAUCAGGUCGUGGCAAGGGUAAGAGCAGUAAUCAGAAAGCUAUUAUUGCCGGGGGAGUUAGUGCUGGAGUUGUCUUGGCACUGGUCCUUGGUUUCUUUGCUAUGUGUGUGUCACGCCGCCGUAGACAACCGAAGGACUCAAGUACAAGUGAAGGACCAUCUGGUUGGCUCCCUCUGUCUUUGUAUUCACAAUCUGCAAGUUCUGCCAAGACAAACACAACAAGAAGUUGCGCUUCCUCCCUCCCCUCAAACCUCUGUCGUCACUUCUCAUUUGCUGAGAUCAAAGCUGCCACUAACAACUUUGAAGAGGCUCGACUCCUUGGGGUGGGAGGUUUUGGAAAAGUAUACAAGGGUGACAUUGAUGGUGGAGCAACCAAAGUAGCCAUUAAGCGUGGAAACCCUCUCUCUGAUCAAGGUGUGCAUGAAUUUCAGACUGAGAUUGAAAUGCUCUCAAAGCUUCGUCAUCGUCAUCUUGUUUCACUGAUUGGUUAUUGUGAGGAUAACUCUGAGAUGAUUCUUGUAUAUGAUUACAUGGCUUUUGGAACCCUGCGGGAGCAUUUGUACAAGACCCAAAAGCCUCCUCUACCAUGGAAGCAAAGGCUUGAGAUUUGCAUUGGGGCUGCUCGUGGUUUACAUUAUCUCCAUACUGGUGCCAAGCACACAAUCAUUCAUAGAGAUGUUAAGACAACUAACAUUCUGUUAGAUGAGAAGUGGGUUGCUAAGGUCUCAGAUUUUGGCUUGUCAAAAACAGGUCCUACAUUGGAUAACACUCAUGUCAGCACUGUUGUCAAAGGUAGUUUUGGGUAUUUGGAUCCAGAGUACUUUAGACGGCAACAGCUGACCGACAAGUCUGAUGUGUAUUCGUUUGGAGUUGUCCUUUUUGAGAUCUUAUGUGCUCGCCCAGCCUUGAACCCCACGCUUCCAAAGGAGCAAGUGAGCUUAGCAGAGUGGGCUGCACAUUGCCACAAGAAAGGCAUGCUUGAUCAGAUCCUCGACCCUUACCUCAAGGGGAAGAUCACGCCUGAAUGUUUCAGGAAGUUUGCAGAGACAGCAAUGAAGUGUGUGUCGGACCAGAGCAUUGACAGGCCGUCUAUGGGAGAUGUUCUCUGGAACCUUGAGUUUGCAUUGCAGCUACAGGAGAGUGCUGAAGAGAGUGGCAAGGGUAUUGGAAUGGACAUUGAGGAAGAGCCUUUCAUGGCCUGUAAAGGGAAGAAGGACCUGGAUGCAUCACCAGGGUUUGAUGGCAAUGGGACAGACUCGAGGAGCAGCGGCAUCAGCAUGAGCAUGGGUGGCCGCAGCCUGGCUAGUGACGAUUCUGAUGGACUGACACCGAGUGCUGUGUUCUCACAAAUCAUGAACCCAAAGGGACGUUGAGACUGAAGAGACUGCAUAUGCCAUACCAGCCACUACAAUCUGAUAAUGCGAUAUGGUUCCUCUCAUCGAUCAGGCAAUGAAGCUUGCUUGCUGUUAUUUUUUUUUCUUCCUCUACUCAUUCAUUUACUUGUGUUAUUUUUUAAUACUUAUCUCAGAAUCGUUUCUUCAUGAAUUGAUCAAGUUAGUUGUAGUUUUGUAUCUAUAAUUACAUGAGGAGUGUUUAUGUGUACUUGUUCUGGUAGAGAGGGAUUGUUGAUUUGGCCUCCCAUAUGUUCAUGUCCUAUGGUGGUGUUACAGAUCAUGUUUCUCUAUCACGGCCAAACUUAUGAAGAAUUAAACAGUUCAGCUCAAUAUCAAACAAAAGGUUCACUAAC